AUGUUGGGAAGCUGGAUCUUCCGACGCGUGCUGCGCGGUUCGUUAAACGGAGUCGCAUGCCCGCCCCGAAGAUCUUUCACGCAAAAUGGCAUACAGAGUAACACACGCAAAAGGACAAGCAUCGCUCAACAUACGCGAACAAAUCCAAAGACACGCGGUCUAGUAACGGAAGCUAUUCCCGCUUUCUUUGUGCCACCGUUGAUGUUCAUUGGACUCCUGGUGGGCCUUUGGACAUGGAAAUGCUUUUGGAUCAUCGUCAUGCAGAACAAGCUUCUCUAUCUCACUUGGCUACCACCAUUUACACGGUCCGAGGUCAUUUCCGACUAUGAGGCCGAGUGUAGACCGGUGAAAUGGGAAGAAAAGCAGAUUCGCAGUCUAGAUGGGACCAAGUUGGCUAUUUGUGAGGGUCGCAUUCCAGCCACGGUCCGCAAUAAAGACACCAAGACUCUGCCAAACCACGAUGUCCUCAGAUAUCAGAACCAAGGAGUGCCUAAUUCAAAAUCAAAAUCGAAGAGGUCUGUUGUUAUCUGCUAUUUUCAAGGGAAUGGUGGAUCAACGCCUAUGCGACUGCCUCUCCUCUCUCAGGUCCUACACGCAAUCUGUGAAACAUCAAAAUCAUCUCCGGACGGUCCUCUGGGGGUUCAGUACACUGAAUAUACUAUUGUAGCUCUUUCAUACCGGGGCUACUGGACGUCGUCUGGCCACGCGACCCAAUCCGGCCUCGAGAUGGACGCCCAGUCAUGCUUGAAAUGGGUGUCAGAAACGUAUGGAAGCCCACAGACCGAUCUUGAAAUAGUCGUGUGGGGUCAUAGCCUAGGUGCCGCGGUUGCAAGCUCAGCAGUGCCUACAUACAUAGCUCGACGAUAUCAAGAGCAGCUAUCAGACGAUUCAAAAGAUGACCAAUCCCUGGCCCCCGUUUCCAGGCUGAUAUUAGAGGCGCCAACCUCAAGUAUCAAAGACAUGCUCAUCAGUCUGUAUCCGCAAAAAUGGCUGCCGUAUCGAUAUCUUUGGCCUUUUUCCUGGAAUACUUGGGACAUCAAGGCGAGUAUGAGGCAAAUGGCCACGUGGAGAGACCAGAACGUAGUUUUGGAAAGAAACAGUCCACCACAAGGACAAUUCUCUACACUGGAAGCGACAAAAACAAAAUGUCAUUACAUUCCACCCAUCCUUCUCCUUUCUGCCGAGAAAGACGAAGUCAUCCCAUCCUACGUCCCAGGUCAACUAGAACAACAAGCCAAGUCUCUGGGUUUGCCAAUCAAGACCAAAAACGUUCUCGGCGCAAUGCACACAGAAGCACCACUCAAACUUGAUGGCAGGAAAGCAUUGGUCGAAUUUAUACUAAACGGACCACACCCCCUUGAGAAAGCACUCAAAAAAUAA